AUGGAGAGGAGCAAAGUGGAGGAACUGAAGGAAUUGGCCGAUUGGUACGAGGGGAGCUAUGGUGAGUUGCAGCGAAAAACGGAGCAGGAGAAGACGGAGCUUAGUCAUCUGAAAGAGCAGUUGGAAGUGAAGGAUCGGAAGAUAAGAGAGCAGGGGACCAGAAUCCGCGCACUCGAGGAACGGCUCCGACAGAGAACGGAUUUAGAAAAUGAAAUCGACAAGUUGAAUGCGGAAGUCGGAAGUCUUCAAACGUUGGCGAAAUCGACGGCAUGUCUGUUGAAGCAACAAAACGGGAAAUGUUUCGAUUAA